AUCUUCCAUCAUAGGGUAAGCAUCAUCAAAAUCACCUGUUACAAUUUCAGCCUCGUGGUAAAACACGCUAUCACAGCCGUUUUUCAUAUCAAUCUACUACAUCGGUGCCAUUCCUUCUCGAUCUAAUCUGCCUCUUACAUACUUGCCGACGCACUUAACAUCUCCUAUUUCUCACCAUUGCCAGAAAAGGCGUCCGUGUCACGCCACCAACAUACGACGCCGCUCCCCGAAUCACCAGAGCUUACCUCCCCGUCGGAACCAACGACGGCAGAAGAUAGGGAAGGAGGAGGGUCAGCGCCAAUCGAACACGUCGCUAGUCAGCUAGCUAGGAACAAGCCAGAUCGCCCUGGCCUAGACUGAUAGCCAAAAACAACCAGCAACCGGACCCGCGCGAAAAAGAGAAAGAAAAAGGAAAGGCCAAAAUGUCAGGCGAGGGCCCCGAAAGCAUCCCGACAUCCGCGGACCCGCGCUCCAAGCGUCCCACCAAGAAGCGCGCUCUAACGCCCGUCUCAGCCCAAGCCCACGUCGUCGAAGCGCUCUUCUCCAAGCCCGACCAAGAGAUCCGCAUCCCCGACGCGUCCGCGGCGUCGCGCAGGCGAGACCUGCCGCCGCCGCCCGAGAUCGUGACCAACGUGCAGGGAUCCAGCGCGGGAGCCGGCUCCGGCGAGUUCCACGUGUACAAGGCGAGCCGCCGCCGCGAGUACGAGCGCCUGCGCCGCAUGGACGAGGAGGUGUCGCAGGAGAAGGCCAAGGAGGAGUUCGAGAAGAGCCGCGAGCAGAGGGAGAAGCGCGACGACGAGAAGACGAGGCGGAAUAGGGAGAAGCGCGAGAAAGCUAAGGCGAGGAAGGCUAAGGCUAAGAAUAGUGGUGGUAGUGAUGGUGGUGGUGGUGGUGGUGGUGCGGAAAAGAGAGAUGGCGAUAAUAAGCCUGUGGCUACCGCUGCUGCGCCGUCAUCAAAAGGUGUCAAGGCUAGGGCUGACGCGAAAAAGGAUGAUGCAGUAGAGACGGAGAAGAAGACGUGUGGUGAGACUCCCGCGAAAGGGGAUGACGAUGCGCCUGUAGAAGAGCCAAAGGGCAUCGUUAUCGAGGAAGAUUGAGGAGCAAGGUGUGAAGGAUUGGAAUUAAUUACCUAUAUAUAGAUACCCAACCAACCAAUACUCUCAAGUGAGAAAGAAGGUAGUUAAAGAGUUUCGAGCACAUGCUUAACUUGGAGGAAAUAUAUGCGUGGCUUCAACAACUAGCAUCACACGACCUGCGCAUACCAGUAUAACUGUAUUCUAGUUCUAGUAUUGUACCAUCACAUGUAAUGAGCAAAAAUAAAAAUUAAGAUAAUAAUU